AUGAGAGGUUGUCAUCUAAUACUAGGUACCGUGUGUCCCCAUCGCCUAGUGCACAGCUCCUCAACACCAGCGAUGGACAUCCCAGCCUACUUCAACUCCUUCUUGUGCAUUACUGUAAUGCUACUGGGUAUCUCGCUGGCUAAUGUUCCUAGUUACAUCAACGUUUGCUCAAGAAAUGACCCUAAAGUCGAGGAAUGCAUAAGGAACUCCAUUGAAGCUCUGAGACCAAAACUCGUUGUUGGUAUUCCUGAACUUGGAGUUCCAUCCUUCGAGCCGUGGAAGAUUCCUCAAGAAUUCGUCCUUAUAAGAGGAGGUGACCUAAAAGCUAUUGGAACUGACGUAAGAGUUUGGGGGACUUCCAAGUUCGAGAUAAAAAGUUUAAAGGCGGACAUACAGAAGGACAAGUUACGAUUCGAGUUCGAAGUUACCUUCCCUUACAUGAAUAUCGAAGGAAACUAUGACAUAAAUCUGAGGAUUUUGACAAUACAUAUAAAAGGAAAUGGUCCGUUUCAAUCUAAUAACACUGAUGUCGAUGCCAAAGCCGUUUUAAGUGGCGUGAUAGUUGAAAGAGACGGAAAGAAAUAUUUGGAGUACAAGAGUGCUGAUCUCACAGUGGAUUGGAGUAUUGGCAGCAUCAUGUUGGGAAACCUUUUUAACGGAGACAAAACUCUGGGAACCGCAGUAAACAACGCCUUGAACCAAAACAAAAGGGCAGUCAUGGAUGCCCUCAAGCCUAGAAUUGAGAAAAUGGUAGCAAAACAUGUCAUGGAUGUCGCUAAUAACAUUAACCACCAAUUUACAUAUGACGAACUUUUUCCCGAAAAGUAACAUUUCUUCAACAUUCAAAAUAAUUUGUCUGCCAAAUAGAUGGAUGUUUCUCAAACAUAAGAAAUCAACACAAUUUCUUAAUACCACUUCAACAUGUAAUCCAUUUAGAAACAAACCGUAAAUCUAUGAAUAAAUUGUCAUAUUUUAUAACAAAAUUAAAUAAACCUAUGAUGAUAAGUAAUGUACAGAUGGAGAAAAAAGAAAGUUUUAUAUUUCUAGCAAAUAUAUGAAUUUAUUUAUAAGAAUAGAUGUAUAAUAAUUUAUAUUUAUUGUAUCUUAUAAUAUUAUUGUUUCAAAAAUAAAGCGCACUACAUUUUGUAAAGAAAAGAAAUUAUUAAGUACAAUUUUUUUUUAUUUACAAAAUGUAGGAAAGUAAUUCAGAA